UUACGAGAACCAAACGAGGAAAGGAUUAAACUGCUCCCGGCAGUGGCUCAAUUUUUGGGCCCCUGGAUAAAUAAUAAUUUCCGUCGGGGUUGUUUUUCCUGAAUAACUCUUUCACGCUGCCCAGUGUUGCUUAAAAUUUAACUUUCCGACAUUUGUCAUGUUUUGUUUGUCUGGUGUUUUGGUUUCCCUGUUGGCGCAUUUAUUCCCCAGAAAGCCAAAGGAUGUGGUACGUGCGGAGAGCAAUGGGCAGGAAGAGCAAGAAAGCAACGGGCAAAACAAGACAUCGGUAACUGGGUACACAAGGAAAAAGUUUAAAAACAAUUUAAUUAAAAUGUUGAAUGCACUACGCUGUUAUAAAAAAGCUGUAUCAUUAUGAAUGAGUUCAUUCAUCCUUCGGAUUAAAUGUAUAUUGUCGAACACUGCUGAACACGAUUCGAAAUGAUUUUCAAAUCCUGGUGGGAUUUUCUACAUAUUAUGACACGCUACAUUUCUAAUCCAUUAUUUUUUGCAGUGCCUUUGUAUCUGUGUGAUUUGGGUUUGCCCAAUUGUGUGCGUGUGGGAUAACAGAUAUGUUUGUUGUUUAGGCAAAUGAUUUUUCGCUUCGGGUCUGUUUGCCAAUGGAGCGGAAAAUGCAAGCCGAAAC